GAGGCCGGCAGCAUUAAUUUGCGCGCACCGCCUCGCGCAUAGGCCCAUGCGGUCGCCAUGCAUGCAUCAUCAUCAGCAGGUGGCGGCCGGGCGCAUUCGUGAUUUACGAUCGACGCCCAAGCACAUGCUGCACUCACUUGACUCACUCGUCGCUGUGCUCGCGAAGGUGCUUCUAUCGCGCUUGCAUGGACGUCGGCUUGCGAGGCGAUGGAGAGAAGCGCAUGCAUGCACCAUCUCAGAUUCAAGAUCAUACUCUCCUUCCAACUCCCUUCCAAAUCAUUCAUCACUCACGCUCGCUUGACGCCUCAACCUCUUCACGCGUCGCUCGCUUGCGUAUGGUCCAGUGUUCCCGGUCCUGCACUUACACACCACUCACUUCGCACUCCACGCACACACACCGCCCAUCAUGGUCACUCUUACAACCUCGGACAACGAGCAAUUCACAGUGGAGAAGGAUGUUGCUGAGCGCUCAGCACUCAUCAAGAACAUGAUGGAGGAUAUUGAGGGCGAUGACAUGCCCAUUCCGCUAGUGAAUGUCUCCGCCAACGUGUUGAAGAAGGUUCUUGAAUACUGCUCCCACCACCGAGGCGACCCACCUCCAUCAGACGAUGCCAACGAAGAGUCUCGCAAGCGCACGACUGACAUUUCCGAGUGGGAUGCCAAGUUCAUUCAAGUCGACCAAGAGAUGCUGUUUGAGAUCAUUCUGGCAGCCAACUACCUCGAUAUCAAGCCCUUGUUGGAUGUGGGAUGCAAGACGGUAGCAAACAUGAUCAAGGGCAAGACUCCGGAGGAGAUUCGCAAAUUGUUCAACAUUCAGAACGACUUUACGCCGGAGGAGGAGGCGCAAAUUCGCAAGGAGAACGAGUGGGCAGAGGAGCGCUAGAAGAAGAGAGGCAUUCUUAUGAUGCGACGAGGCCAUCACAAGCUAGGCGUCGUCUAGAACACGAGAUUACCAGAAUUUCGUGAGGGCGAAAGGCCAGCGCCGUCUUUCCCGUCAGAUCCCCAGUGUACUCUAACCAGCACGAGACAGACUUCUUCCUUGGCUCUACUAACAAAUGAAUGCCACGCUCAGCUACAGGCUCGAGUCUCAUCA